AUGCAACGAAAGAACGAUUUAAAGGAUAGAUUCUGUUUCACACCGGUCGAGUUUUUAAAACCUGGCCUGAUCAGAUCGUUCUUUUCACGUUUGAAGGCAGUACGUGAAAAGCAAACAGAAACAGUAAUUGUAGACGAAGUGGAGGAGGAAGAUGACGAUGACUUUGACGAUAAUCAGGUGGUUGAAGAGACUGAGCAAAGAAAUAAUUUAAGAAAUUCAAUGGGAAUUAGCAAUGAACAAUCAUCACCUCCAGCUUCCUCUCGAAACCGAGCAGUGUCACCAGAUAAAAGAGCUGGAUCAACGACUGAUGUUCGCCCGGCUAAAAAACGUUCGUCAUCAAGGAAACGUACUGGUGUUAGAUAA